AUGGCCGAUUCCGACUCCGACUCUGACGACUCCUUCCACUCCUUAGCCGACGGCGAUCACUCGAAACCAACACCAGCUCAGCCCAAACCUCCGCAGCAUCAAACUAUCGACCCCGCCGCCAUCUCAGACAAGUUCACACCAGAAGAAGAAGCAGAACUACUCGCAUCUUCCAACGAGCUGAAGACUUCCGGCAACGAACUCUUCGGCAAAGCAUCCUACAGCACUGCCAUCCAGACCUACGAUCGUGCUCUGUCUUCAUGUCCGAAUUACCUCGACUACGAGCUCGCCGUUCUCCGCUCCAACAUCGCGGCAUGUCAUCUAAAGCUGGAAGAAUGGAAAGAAGCUGUUGAAAGUGCUACGAAGGGAGUGGGAUGUCUGGAUCGAUUGGAACCUCUGCCGAAAGCUGUACCGAAAACUGCGUCCAAGAAGGAAGAGAAACAGUUGAAGGAUGGAAAGGAAGCGGAAGAUACGAUGGUUGAGGAGGUGUCCGAUGAUAUGGAGUCGCGCAUAGCUGCUCUUCGUGCUUCUGGUCGUACUCUCGCACAGGUUCGAAGUUUGCAGGUCAAGCUUCUAUUGCGGCGGGCGAAAGGCAAUACUUCGCUGGACAGCUGGUCGGCGUUGCAAGCUGCGGAUGAGGAUUAUAGAACGCUGCUAUCGCCGACGAUGCAGCCUUGUCUUUCAGCUACGGACAGGAGGACAGUGAUGGAAUCUGCGAGGAAUCUGGCGCCGAAGUUGAACGCUGCGAAGGAUCGAGAAAUGGCAGAGAUGAUGGGGAAGUUGAAAGGUCUGGGGAAUAGCAUCUUGAAGCCGUUUGGGUUGAGUACGGAGAACUUUCAAUUUGAGCAGCAAGAGGGUGGUGGGUAUACUAUGAACUUCAACCAGGGUGCUGGGAAGAAGACAUGA